AUGCGCCGCCGGGCCUCGGUCACGUGACGAGGGACAGCAGCGUGGCGGCGGCCGUGGCGGUAGCGACGGCGGGCCGUAGGGCGACCAUACGAUUUCCGGUUCCGGUGUAACGUUCGGGCUCCGUCUCAGGGGCUGAAGUUUGUGUGAAAAUGGCGCUGUCCAAAAGGGAGCUGGAUGAGCUGAAACCAUGGGUCGAGAAGACGGUGAAGAGGGUGCUGGGUUUCUCGGAACCCACUGUGGUCACCGCCGCGUUGAACUGCGUGGGGAAGGGCAUGGACAAGAAGAAGGCAGCUGACCAUCUGAAACCUUUUCUUGAUGAUUCUACUCUCCGGUUUGUGGACAAACUGUUUGAGGCUGUGGAAGAAGGCCGAAGCUCUAGGCAUUCCAAGUCUAGCAGUGACCGGAGCAGAAAACGAGAGUUGAAGGAGGUGUUUGGCGAUGACUCUGAAAUCUCCAAGGAAUCAUCAGGGGUAAAGAAGCGACGAAUACCCCGUUUUGAGGAAGUGGAAGAGGAGCCUGAGGUGAUCCCUGGGCCCCCCUCAGAAAGCCCAGGCAUGCUGACUAAACUUCAGAUCAAACAGAUGAUGGAGGCGGCAACACGACAAAUUGAAGAGAGGAAAAAGCAGCUGAGCUUCAUUAGCCCCCCUGCGCCUCAGCCAAAGACGCCCUCCUCUUCCCAAGCAGAGCGACUUCCCAUUGGCAACACUAUCCAGCCCUCCCAGGCCGCCACCUUCAUGAACGACGCCAUCGAGAAAGCCAGGAAAGCAGCGGAGCUGCAAGCCCGAAUCCAGGCCCAGCUGGCACUGAAGCCAGGGCUCAUCGGCAACGCCAACAUGGUGGGCCUGGCCAACCUUCAUGCCAUGGGCAUUGCUCCACCGAAGGUAGAGUUAAAAGAUCAAACUAAACCUACACCGCUGAUCCUAGAUGAGCAAGGUCGCACUGUAGACGCAACAGGCAAGGAGAUUGAGCUGACACAUCGGAUGCCCACUCUGAAAGCCAAUAUUCGUGCUGUGAAGAGGGAACAGUUUAAACAGCAGCUCAAAGAAAAGCCAUCAGAAGACAUGGAAUCCAAUACUUUUUUUGAUCCUCGAGUCUCCAUUGCCCCUUCCCAGCGCCAGAGACGCACUUUUAAAUUUCACGACAAAGGCAAAUUUGAGAAGAUUGCUCAACGAUUAAGGACAAAGGCUCAGUUGGAGAAGCUGCAGGCAGAGAUUUCACAGGCUGCUCGAAAAACAGGCAUCCAUGCUUCAACUCGGCUCGCUCUCAUUGCUCCUAAGAAGGAGCUAAAGGAAGGAGACAUCCCUGAAAUUGAAUGGUGGGACUCUUACAUCAUCCCCAAUGGCUUCGACCUUACAGAGGAAAAUCCCAAGAGAGAAGAUUAUUUUGGAAUCACAAAUCUUGUUGAACAUCCAGCCCAGCUCAACCCUCCAGUUGACAACGACACACCAGUUACUCUGGGAGUCUAUCUUACCAAGAAGGAGCAGAAGAAACUCCGGAGGCAGACGCGGAGGGAGGCACAGAAGGAGCUGCAGGAAAAAGUCCGGCUAGGUCUGAUGCCGCCGCCAGAACCCAAAGUGAGAAUUUCCAAUUUGAUGCGAGUACUAGGGACAGAAGCUGUUCAGGACCCCACGAAGGUGGAAGCCCACGUCAGAGCCCAGAUGGCAAAACGACAGAAAGCGCAUGAAGAGGCCAACGCUGCCCGAAAACUUACAGCAGAACAGAGAAAGGUCAAGAAAAUUAAAAAGCUUAAAGAAGACAUUUCUCAGGGGGUACACAUAUCUGUAUAUAGAGUUCGAAAUUUGAGCAACCCAGCCAAGAAGUUCAAGAUUGAGGCCAAUGCUGGGCAGCUGUACCUGACAGGGGUGGUGGUUCUGCACAAGGAUGUCAACGUGGUGGUAGUGGAAGGGGGCCCCAAGGCCCAGAAGAAAUUUAAGCGACUCAUGCUGCAUCGGAUAAAGUGGGACGAACAAACUUCUAACACGAAGGGAGAUGGUGAAUGGGAUGAUGAGGAAUCUGAUGAGGAAGCUGUGAAGAAAACCAAUAAAUGCGUGCUAGUCUGGGAGGGUACAGCCAAAGACCGGAGCUUUGGAGAGAUGAAGUUUAAACAGUGCCCUACAGAGAACAUGGCCCGGGAGCAUUUCAAAAAGCACGGAGCAGAACACUACUGGGACCUCGCGCUGAGCGAGUCAGUGCUGGAGUCCACUGACUGAGACUCCUGCACACCGCCGCCUCCGGGCCUGGUCUCUCCAGUCCUCUCACUCGUUCUACUUCCCAGCCCAGCCCACUGUGUGUAUGAGCUCAGAACUGUGCCAAGCAGACAUUGGGGCAAAAGGAAAAUAGUUGUUUUCCCCGGUCAGCCUGGUGCUACCCCUUCAUUCCUCCCAUGUGCAUACGAUUAAAGAAUUAUUUUUAAACUA